CUUGGGUGCGGGUACCAUGGCGACGCGUGCAGGGCCUGUGGUGGCCAUGGCGGCCGGAUCCUGCUCUUCAGCCCGGACUGGCACUGCGUUCCUUCUCUUGGUACUCUGCGAAGUCUCAUGGGCUCAGAUCUUCUCCUUCCCUUUCCGGCGGCCGGAGACGUGCGACCUCAACCAGUACUUCGACAUCUCAGCACUCUCCUGUGCCCCGUGUGGUGCCAACCAGAGGCGGGAUGCUCUAGGAACUUCAUGUGCAUGUCUACCAGGAUAUUAUAUGCUCUCUAAUAACGGAGGACCUUCCAUUAUUUGUAAAAAGUGUCCAGAAAACAUGAAAGGUGUUACCAAAGAUGGAUGGGACUGUAUUUCUUGCCCUAGUGGCUUAACUGCUGAAGGAAAAUGCCACUGUCCCACUGGCUAUAUAUUAGUGGAAAGAAAUGUUAAUGGGUCUUUGUUAUCCCAAGCAACUUGCGAGUUUUGUGAUGAAAAUGAAAACUCAUUUACAAAAGCCAAUGCUUUAGGAACUAGGUGUGUCCGCUGUGAGCCAACAUUCGUGAAUACAAGCCGAUCCUGCGCAUGCUCGGAGCCUCACAUCUUAACAGGUGGGCUUUGUUUCAGCAACACAGGGAAUUUUCGUCAACGUGUAAUUUCUACUGCAAGGAAUGGAGAGCUUGGCAUAUCAUUAAACUCUGAAUGGUUUGCCAAGUAUUUGCAGGCAACAGCAGCUGCAUGCUGGACUCACGCCAACCUGACAUCUUGCCAAGCUCUUGGAAAUAUAUGUGUGAUGAACAUGAACUCCUAUGACUCCACCACGUUUGAUGCAUGUCGGCUGUUCCAUUAUAUCUUUGAAAGCACCGCCGGAUUGGUCAGUGUUCACUCGAUUCCGUUCUGGAGACAGAACCUUCCUUGGCUGUUUUAUGGAGACCAGCCAGGAUUGGCACCUCAAGUUCUCAGUACGACCCCUCUUCCUACAAAUUUCAGUUUCAAAGGACAAAACCAGCUGAAAUUUGUUGCUGCUUCCUAUGAUAUAAGAGGAAACUUUAUCAAGUGGCAAACAUUAGAAGGUGGUGUUUUACAGCUUUGUCCAGACACAGAGAGACGACUGGAUGCCGCGUACUCUUUUGGAACAACGUACCAGCAACAUUGUGAGAUCUCUCUCUCUAAAAUCCUGGCUGAUUUCCCCAGUCCUGUAUUUUAUGAUGUUUACCUCGAAUAUACUGAUGAAGACCAACACCCUUACAUUUGGGCUAUUCCCGUGUUAAACCUAAAUCUUCAGCACAAUAAAAUGUUUGUGAACCAAGACAGUAGUCCCAACAAGUGGCUUCUCACUCGGCGCAUUUUCUUAGUGGAUGCAGUAAGUGGACGAGAAAAUGACCUAGGAAAUCAGCCAAGAGUAAUUCGAAUUGCUACCCAGAUAUCACUGAGCAUACGCCUUGUGCCCAACACAAAAAAUGGAAACAUAUAUACUCCCUUACUUACCAUUGCCUACAGUGAUAUUGACAUCAAAAAUGCUAAUAGCCAAUCUGUGAAGGUUUCCUUUGCAGUCAAAUAUGAAAUGAAUCAAGGAGACGCCUUUGUUCAGACAGAUAUCGCUCUGGGCGUGUUGGGUGGGCUGGCUGUGCUGUUAUCUCUGUUGAAGACAGCAGGGUGGAAGAGGCGCAUUGGGAGCCCCGUGAUUGAUUUACAGACAGUUAUGAAAUUCUUGCUGUACUAUGCUGGCGACCUGGCCAAUGUGUUUUUCAUCAUCACAGUGGGAACAGGUCUCUACUGGCUUAUUUUCUUCAAAGCACAGAAGUCUGUCUCUGUUUUGCUGCCGAUGCCAGUUCAGGAAGAACGUUUUGUUACUUACGUGGGGUGUGCCUUCGCUAUGAAGGCUCUGCAAUUCUUGCAUAAGCUCAUAUCCCAGAUUACCAUAGAUAUAUUCUUUAUUGAUUGGGAACGGCCGAAAGGAAAAGUUCUGAAAGCUGUUGAAGGUGAGGGCGGCGUGCGGAGUGCCACUGUUCCUGUGAGCGUCUGGAGAACAUACUUUGUGGCAAAUGAAUGGCAUGAGAUUCAGACUGUGAGGAAGAUUAACCCACUCUUUCAAGUGCUCACCACGCUCUUCUUCCUGGAGGUUGUGGGAUUCAAACACUUAGCUUUAAUGGAUUCCUCCUCCAGCCUUUCUAGAGACCCCUCGGACUACACAGCCCCUUACAGCCGCAUUUUGAGAUAUGCCGUGGCUACUGCUAUCUGGCUGGUGAUUGGAAUAAUACAGGUUGUUUUCUUUGCUGCCUUUUACGAGAGAUUCAUAGAAGACAAGAUCCGCCAGUUCGUCGAUCUGUGCUCCAUGAGUAACGUGUCCGUGUUUCUGCUCUCGCACAGGUGUUUUGGCUAUUACAUCCACGGCAGGUCGGUGCACGGCCACGCGGACACCAACAUGGAGGAGAUGAAUAUGAACCUUAAGCGAGAGGCGGAAAAUUUGUGCAGCCAAAGGGGUUUGGUACCCAACACGGAUGGGCAGACUUUUCAGAUUGCAGUUUCCAGUCAGAUGAGACAGCACUAUGACAGAAUUCAUGAGACACUGACGAGGAGAGAUGGCCCUGCCAGACUACUGAGUUCAUCCACAAGUACUUUUGAACAAAGUAUAAAAGCAUACAACGCGAUGAAUAAGUUCCUCGGCUCCUUCAUUGACCACGUUCAUAAGGAAAUGGAUUACUUUAUAAAAGAUAAGCUGCUUCUUGAAAGAAUCCUUGGCAUGGAGUUCGUGGAGCCCAUGGAGAAGAGCAUCUUCUACAAUGAUGAAGGCCACUCUUUCAGCAGUGUGCUGUAUUAUGGAAACGAGGCCACGCUCCUGAUCUUCGAUCUGCUCUUCUUCUGUGUGGUGGACUUGGCUUGCCAGAAUUUUGUUUUAGCAUCCUUCCUCACAUACCUGCAGCAAGAGAUUUUUCGAUUUAUCCGCAAUACAGUAGGACAAAAGAAUUUGGCAACCAAAACACUAGUGGAUGAAAGAUUUCUGAUCUAACCUGUGAUACAGAACCUAAGGACUCAGUGUAAUUGUGACUUGAGCCAUGAUGCCAAGUUAUAUUUUUUUAAAUCUUGUAAUACAUAUUAUUAUUUCUUUUUUAUCAACAGACUUAUUUUUAUAGCUUGUAAAAUAUGACAUUUAGUAAAAAAAAAUAGUAUUUCCCCACUACAUGUUGUAUUUAAUUUGCUAAAUAAUACACUAACACUGACCAUGAGGCAAAAAUAAAAAUAAAAAACCCAAUGCUGCUUUCUGUGGGCAGGUCUUGAUAGCAAGUUAACCCCAUCACAUGCUGUCACCUCACAAGAUAGCCUGCCUCCGUUUUCUCACAGUUUCAAACCUCUUUGGUUCUAGGUUCAAAGCUGGUGUCCAGUUCAGUAUUUACAUGUUUUAUUUAUAUUUGUGGUUAAAUAAACUCUAAAAGAUAUUUUCAAUUUUACUUUAAAUUUUGGGUUUCUAUUCUUGCUGACUCAGUGGGCUUCUUUCUGAUAAUUCACCCUGUUGGUCAGUGGGCAGGCAGGUAGACACAGCGUGGUGUAGGACAAAUCCAGUCCACUAUGUGCCUGGUCUCUGAUGUCAUUUACAUUUAUUAAACUCGGUCAGAUUUUUUCCAAUAUGGAUUUGUCACACAUUUUAAUAUUUUAAUGGUACCCCUCCAAAGUGUUGACUUUCAAUUAUGAGUAAAUAUUACAAAUAAUGGGCUAUAAAUACAUCAUCUAAUGUUGACCAAUUUAUUGAAAGCAAAUUUAGGCUUCAUGAGUCAGUAGAUUAUUCUUUAAUAAGAAAAUAACUGGAUUCAAAAUGUAACUAAAGUAAGUCCUGAACCACAGUUAAUCAUUUUCUAUGUUUCCCCUCAGUAUACUCAAGCAAUUCUUUCCAUGACAUACCAUAUACUUGG